AUGUAUCUGUGUGCAUCUCUUCUCAUAAUCUCAUUUCGUUUCAUAUCUGUUCCCCGACCCUUUUAUUCAUCUGCUCUGCUGCACUUCAUAGCGGCGGGAGGGAGAAGAUGAUGAAUUGAUGAUGAUGGUGGUGGUGAUGAUUUCUCUGUUUCUGAUUGCAAUCAUUGUUCUCGUGGUCGUCGUCGUCUUCUUCGUGGCCACGAGUACAGCAAGGAAGCAGCAGCAGCACUCGCCAGCGUCACGCAAGAAUCUAUUGCCCUUGCCCUUGCCCCCCGGCAGCUAUGGCUGGCCUAUUCUCGGGGAAACUCUGGAAUUCAUCCGCGCCCGCAACCAGGGAUUCCCAGGCUGCAAUAAGUUCGUCCGGGUUAGAAUGGAGAGAUACAAGUCGGAAGUGAUCAAGACUUCGCUGAUGGGGGAGAGGGUGGCGGUGCUGGGCGGCCCCGCCGGGAACAAGUUCCUCUUCAGCAACGAGCAUAAGCUGGUGACUCUGUGGUGGCCUGCUUCCGUUAGCAGGCUGCUCGGGGAGUGCAUAUCCACCUCCCCGGGGGCUCGGGGCAUGCGGAUGAGGAAGAUGGCUUCCCACUUCUUCAGCCCCGACGCCUUCAACAAGCUCGCCUACAUCGACACCAUGGGCCGGGUCACCAGGCGGCACCUCUGCGCCCACUGGCAGGGCAGGAGCCAACUGGUGGUCUACCCGGCAGUGAAGCUGUUCACUUUCGAGCUGGCCUGCCGGCUGUUCAUGAGCAUCCAGGACCCAGACCGAAUCCAGAGGCUCGAGGCCCUCUUCAGGGCUUUUACCCGCGGGGUCAUCUCCAUCCCUCUCUACCUCCCCGGGACAAAAUUUUACAAGGCGGUGAGGGCCACGGCGAAGAUCAAGGAGGAACUGGCCGCGAUAGUCAGAGAGAGGAAGAAGGCGCUGCUGGAGCAGGAGCAGGGGCCGAACGAUCUGCUAUCGCAUCUGCUCGUCAGCCCCGACGAGGAAGGCAGGUACAUGUCGGAGUCAGUUAUCGUGAAUAAUAUACUGCUGAUGCUGUUUGCGGGGCACGACACCUCCAGUUCCGCCCUCACCAUGGUGAUCAAGGUGUUGGCAGAGCAUCCUCACGUGUACAAGAGAGUGUUGGCAGAACAGAAUGAAAUCACAAAGGCAAAAGGAGGACAAGAACCAAGCAGUCUUCUUCUGCAGUGGGAGGACAUACAGAAGAUGAGGUACACAUGGAAUGUGGUGUGCGAGACUAUCAGACUGUGGCCGCCCGUCGGAGGUGCUUUCAGGGAAGCUUUGACUGAUAUCAGCUACGGAGGCUACCGCAUCCCCAAAGGAUGGAAGUUCUACUGGAGCUCACCAGUGACGCAUGAGGAUUCCAAGUUGUUUGCGGACAGCAGCAGGUUUGAUCCUUCAAGAUUUGAAGAGGAGGCGCAGAGGAAUGGUGGGAAUUCUUCUUCCGCUCCUCCUCCAUACGCUUACGUUCCGUUUGGAGGAGGGCCUCGGAUGUGCUUGGGAAAGGAGUUUGCUCGGUUGGAGAUGCUGGUGUUUCUCCACAACGUGGUGCCCAGAUUCAGAUGGAGCUUGGUGGAUCCGCACGAGAAGAUAUUGUGUGACCCCAUCCCGGCCCCGGAGAAGGGCCUCCCAAUCCGCCUCCACCCAGCUGCCAUUGCCAACAACAACAAACAACAUAUGAUGAAUUAGACAAUAUAAUAGUAGCGAAUACAAGACAUAUAGAUCAUCCAUCCAUUCCUCCCCACACACGUACGUGAACAACACCCACCUCCAACAUACACCAGUUUGUUUAUCCAUC